CACCUCUUCCCUGCAAAAGGCCACUUCGUUUUGUUCUGACCUCAUCAAGAUGGCGGAUAUGAGUAGUCGCUUCCUUCCGGUCGGGCCCCCAGAAUACUUGUGAUGACCUCACGUAAAUGGCAGACUGCUUUUGAAUUCUGCAGAACAACAAACAUCUGUUAAGGAGACAGGAGAGACUGACAUGGCAGAGAGAAUGGCAGAGAUGGAGGAAGACAUGGGAGAUGUUCCAGCCGGAGAAGAUGACAACGACUCAGAUAGAGAAGAAGAAGCCGGAAUAUUUGUUUGGGUGGGAAAUGUUGAUAUGGAAGAGGACGAGGAAGACGAGGAGGUGGAGGACCCUGAGGCAUCUGAAUUCUUCGAGCUGGACACCCCAGCUGAGCGCAGUGGUCACAUAGCAGUGGUUGAUAGAAACAUCAUGUAUGUGUGGGGUGGAUACAAGAAUGCUCAAAACCACGGAUUCUCUGACUUAUAUCUGCCAAGAAAUGAGGUCUGGACAUACAACAUGGAAUCAGGAGUGUGGACAAAACAUGUAGCUGGUGGUAACCUGCACACGUCGAUGUCAGGUAGCUGCGGGGUGUGCGUUGAUGGCGUCCUCUACCUUUUUGGAGGUCAUCACGCCAGGGGAAACACAAACAGGAUCUAUCGCCUGCCCCUGAGAGCUCCCAGCCUCAAGUGGGAGGAAAUGAGGGAUCUUAAAGGGCUUCCUCCGUCGUGUAAGGACAAACUGGGGUGCUGGGUUCAGAAGAACAGACUAAUAUUCUUUGGAGGCUACGGUUACCCAGCAAAGGGAUGUCCUCGAGGGACUUUUGAAUUUGACGAAUCGUCUUCUCUUGUGUGGGACAGCCCUGGACGAGGCUGGAACAACCACAUCCAUAUCCUGGACCUGGAGACAUCAACAUGGAGUCAGCCCAUCACCACGGGCUAUACUCCAUCACCGAGAGCAGCUCAUGCCUGUGCUACAGUUGGCAACAGAGGUUAUGUGUUUGGGGGACGAUACAAGAACUUUCGACUAAAUGAUCUGUACUACAUUGACCUGGACACAUGGGAGUGGCAUGAAAUGAGCGUUCCCCAGCAGGGUCCUGUGGGCCGGUCCUGGCACUCUUUCACUCCUGUGUCACCAGACCACAUCUUCUUAUUUGGAGGUUUCACCACAGAGAAAGAAACACUGAGCGAUGCUUGGCUGUAUUGUGUGAGCAAAAACGAGUGGAAGCCUUUCAAACACAGUCACACAGGAAGCCCGAGGCUGUGGCACACGGCGUGCUCUGGUCCUGAUGGAGAAGUGUUUGUGUUUGGAGGGUGUGCCAACAACCUGUUGUCUCAUCACAGAGCUGCUCACAGCAACGAGUUGCUGGUUUUCAACGUUCAGCCCAAAUCAUUAGUUCGGUUCUGUAUGGAGACUGUUCUGCAGCACAGGGAGCGUUUGUCGAGCUACUGGGACUGUUUGCCUAAACACCUGCUGCACAGCCUCAAACAGAGAAUGGCACAUGUCAACACACUGGGCUCCUAGGACAAGAGGAGGCCAGUCACAAUCAUUCAGUCUGGAGGAUUACAGGAUAAUAUGUAUGUAUGGAAGAUGUGAGUGUUUCUUUCAAAGCAGGUAGUCCUUUUAGAGCAUUCGUCUGAUGUGUGUGGACACUUGUGUACAUAAAAAAAAGUCUCUAAGCAACAGUGAACAGCUGUGGUCCUGACAGACACACUAAGGUUCACAGGCGAUUCUCUAAGCUGUUUGUCACCUUUUUAGGUUUAUUUUCUCAUCAUUUUUUCAAGGCCAGUAGGACCUUGAGUGUGGUAGCAGUGGUGGUGAAGCUCAGACUGUUGUUAGGGCUGUAGAUACAAGAGAGCAGAGGCCCUGCGCUACUUCUAGUUUAGUUUUUGUUUUAAGCUUUCUUUGCUCACAAUCACUUUCCGAGGCGCUUCUUUCAACAGUCCUGAGUAGCUGAAAUGUGACAGCGAGGAUUUCUGUCUAUAUUAUAACAUGUACUACUGUACUGGAUUUGUUUUUAUACAGAUUACUAGUUUUUCUUGGCAACUACAGCUAUAAAGACAUGGAUGGUCUUUUGUUUAAAUGAAAUGUUUUUUUUUCUGUGUAGUUGAAGAUUCCAUUUAGCCUAAUACAUGGAGAGAAAACCCCACUCAUAUUUCAGCUUUUCAGGAAGACUACUAAAAGAAACUAAAUGGAUUGUGUUGAUGCUUGUGGGGAAAAGUAGAAUUUGGAAUUGCAGCAGACUUCGGCUCUAAUUUUGGCAGUUUUCCCAAGAUUAUGGUUCUUCCUGUAGGCAUGCCCAAGAGUGCAAUGGAUAGUUCUGAUUUUUUUUUUUUUUUUUAAGGAAUGCAUGAUGUUAAACACAGAUGAUGAUUUUCAGAUUUUCACUGGUCUUCCUCACAAAAUGCCAUCAUUGUCCGAACACUAAAUUCAGUGGUGCAAAAUCCAAAGUAAGCUGAAGCAGGUUUGCUUCAAGUGCAGCGCUGAGUUACAGGUGGUUUGUUCUUCUAAUGAUUACUGUUACUAAUCCUUGGGGUGAUCUUGAAUGAUUUAAGUUCUCACAGACCUAAAACUAGUGUUUUAAGCUACACAAGACUAUCUACUCUGGAGCGACAGAAAUGUUACUUUUAAUUUGUAUAUAUAGUUAUAUAUUUGUGAGGAAAUGCGUGGAUUCUGUCUUUUCAAAAAGGCUUUCAGAGCCUGUAAAUCGUCACAAGUGGCUCCUGUAGCACUUGAAUUUUAUUUAAUCAAUAACUUAAAAUACUGCGAGUGUAUUGGAUGUUGAGCCACGUUGCACUGAAAUGCCUCAUGUCAGUAGGGCUUUGUUUGUACUUGCCUGGUUUGCACAAAGUUCCCUUAAUAAUGUUGCUUUUUUUUAAUUCUAGGAUAUGAUGCAUAUUGUUCAUAUUGCAAUGCAUAAUUUGUUCUCAAAAAAAUAAACACAUCCAAUAAGU